AUGUUUGUCAAGCCGAUUUGCAUCAGUAACGCGAACGCGAUAACUGAGAUAGAUUCGGUUGCCUUGUUGGCUCGUCAUGCUUAUUCUCAUCCCAUUCAUCAUACCCAUUUGCCAGUAGAAUAUUUGAAUGCUAAUGAUUAUUAUGAAUUAUUAAUAAAAAAAAGUAUUUUGGCUGUACAAGAAUCUAAGAAACUGAAUAUACAAAAUAGAGAUCUGCUCUUGUCGUAUCUAGCAUCGUUUUCACAUGACCAUUUCGCAUUUGACUUACAUUUACGCACUUUCAUACCAUCUUUAAAAGCAAUGGCAACUGACGAGCAACAAUUAAAAUAUUUACCAUUGGGUGAAUCGUGUCAAAUUGUGGCUGCAUAUGCACAAACUGAAUUGGGCCAUGGCAGUGAUUUGCAAAUGCUCGAAACAGAGGCUGUUUAUGACCAAGAAAGUGAUAGUUUUAUUUUAAAUACACCAACCAUAACAUCGACAAAAUUCUGGCCUGGAUUAUUAGGUCGUACAGCAAAUUAUGCGCUGUUAAUGGCACAGUUGUACUCCCCCACUAGAGAAGACUAUUGUGGUUUACACGCGUUUGUCGUGCAGAUAAGAGAUUUAGAAACACAUGAACCAUUACCAGGUAUCGAACUGGGAGAAAUUAGUGCUCCUUUGAAGAAUGUGAGUGAUAAUGGUUAUAUGUGUUUGACAAACGUACGGAUUCCGAGAAAUCAAAUGUUAAUGCGGCUGUCGAAAGUGGACGAAAAUGGCAAUUUUCAACGUGUGGGUGACCCGCGUCUUCUUUACUCCUCAAUGUUGUCGCUGCGUGUUUAUUUGAGCUCAGCUUUUUCCAUGCAAUUGGCAAAAGCAACAACAAUUGCUACGAGAUAUUCAGCUGUACGCCUACAGGGACGAAACGAUGAAGGAAAGGAAAUAUUAAUAAUAGAUUAUCCACUACAACAAAAUAAAAUAUUUCCAUCCAUUGCCACAAGCUAUGCAUUUAUAUUUACAUUUAAAAAGUUGCAACAAACAUACAAUAACAUGAUAUCUAGUGAACAAGAAGAAAUGCUGAAACAAUUACCGGAAAUUCAUUCAUUAUCAGCUGGUUUAAAGGCAUACAUCGCAACACAUUGUGAACGUUUAAGUCAAAUGUGUCGAUUCGCUUGUGGUGGCCAUGGCUGCCUAAUUCCAAGCGGGCUGAUUGGUAUCAAAUUAACACUCGAUGAAGCCUGUACUGUUGAAGGUGAGAAUUCUGUUAUGUUACAGCAGACAGCCAGAUAUUUAAUGAAAGUUAUUCAGAAUGGUGAUGAUUACUCAAAAUCACCAUCUAUUACUUAUCUGAAAAUCAUAAAUAGUGAAUUUAAACAAUUGAAUGGUUUACAAGAUUAUUGCAAAUUAUUUGAAAUAAGAGCAGAGAGACUUAUAAGAACGAUGUAUGCAGAAUUAGCCUCGUCAUCAUCGUCGUCAUAUGAAACGUUCAUUCGAAAUUCUACUCAGCUGGUUCAUAUGGCAGAAGCACACCUUGAAACAUUUGUAUUACGUUCAUUUUAUAAUAGCAUUAAGAAUAUCACUGGUAAUAAAGUAGUUUCAGCUGUACUUGAACAGUUAUUUGAAUUGUUUGCAAUCUAUAGACUAAAAAUGAAUACAUUUGAUUUUCUUCAGUUUGACAUAUUAUCAAAAGAGAAAAUCAAUUUCUUAAUAAAUAAACGUUUAAAUGAGUUGUAUUGUCUUAUACGCCCAAAUGCCGUUUCUUUAGUAGAUGCAUUUGAUUUUCAUGAUAACGAAUUAAAUUCUGUUAUUGGACAAUACGAUGGGCACGUGUAUGAAGCAUUAAUGAAACAAUCAAGACUGAACCCGUCGAACAAAACAAAAAAAAAGGAAAAACGUCGUCAACGUCUUGCAAUAAUUAACAGAGUUCGUAAUCAUUUAUAUCAGGAAGAUUUAUUUCGUGCUAUAGUAGACGAUGAUGAUGGCGAUGAUAGUAAUAAUAUAACAACCAGUUGGCUACCUAAUAGUAAUAAAAUUGGUAUUGGUUAUAAUCCAUUGUAUGGUAGUCCUGUUUGUUAUACUGGUAUAUGUCAUAGUGAAGGUUUUCGACGAUCAAUAUUUGAUUUAACAUUUAAACAGCCAACAGAAGGAACAUGCACAAAUAAACUGAUACCAGAGAAUGUUGAACUUGAUUGUGUACCAUCAUCGGAUAUUGUUGCUACGACAGAAAGUGUUGGAACAUUAUCAGAACUAUCCAAAUCUACAUCAGACGGUAUUUCAUUUGGCGUUGAUUUUCAAUACGGUGCAUUUUCAGCCGGUUAUGGUCAUUCAAAAGAAACAACAUUUAUGAUUGAUAAUAUUAUUAAGAAAGAUACAACAGCUAUGCAUACAAUAGCGAAAGUAACAUAUGCUAAACUGUCAAUGUUUGAACCAUUCAUGGAGUUAAGCGAUACAUUUCGUUAUGUUAUCGAUGAAAUGCCCUGUUGUGAUUAUGAUGAUGCGAUCGAAAAGUAUUUACACGAAUUUGUAAUCGAUUAUUUUGGUUUUACAUUUAUUACAGAAAUUGUGUUAGGUGGUAUUGCACAAGAAAUAUUAUUUAUUGAUAAUGCAGAGCGAAGACAGAUGGAACAAAACGGGCAUUCUGUAUCAAAUUCGGCCUCGAUUGGAUUUUUUAUAACAAUGAAAAUGGAAACAUCAGCAUCACAAAAUCAAACACAAACAGAUGAAUUUAAAAAAUCAAUUAAAACAUCACGUUCAACAAAAUUAGGUGGUGAUCCAUCAUUACAAUCAAUUUAUGAUUGGAAGAAAUCCGUACCAUCAAGUCCAAUAGUUAUGCAUCUUACUGUCGGAAAUAUUGUUAACUUAUUGUCAGAAAAUAGAUUUCCAAAUGAUUCAUUGAUUCACAAUAAAUCUCAACUAUUAAAUAUGGCUAUACAACGUUAUCUACAGCCGAAUAGUGCAUUCUGUUACAACAAUUGUACAGAUAUAAAUCAUGGUCAGUGUGAUACAAGUGGCUAUUUUUUAUUUGGAAAUUGUAAAUGUAAUCCAAGUUGGUCGGGAUUAGAUUGUUCACAAAAAGGGGCAAAUAAUACGAUGUAUAUUGCCGAUCAGAGUAAUCAUCGUAUAUUAAAAUGGAAGCAUGGAAAUGGUGAAAUUGGUCAGGUCGUAGCUGGUGAAACAACAAUGAGUGGAACUAAUGCUACUCAACUCUAUAAUCCUGCGGCAGUAGCAUUAGACAAAAAUGAAAGUCUUUAUGUCUUAGAUUUAUAUAAUGGUCGUGUACAAAAAUUUAUGAAAGGAUCAUCGCAGGGGAUUACUGUUGCUAGCGGGUUUAGUACUUCAGCUGGUAUGCACGUCGAUAGUGACGGAAAUGUUUACAUUGUGGAUUCUAGUUCUCACAGUGUAACGAAACAUGUUGCUGGUGUAAGUAUAAUUGUAGCUGGUGGUAACGGAAUUGGAAAUGAUUCCAAUCAACUGAACAAUCCCAUUUCCGUUUUUGUUGAUCAAUGUAAAAAUAUUUACAUAAUUGAUCAAGGCAACUACCGUAUUCAACAAUGGUCAAAUGAUGCUAAAUGGGGAAUACCUAUAUUUACAUGGACAGCAGGUGUGUAUAAUUUCCAUCAUAUGAUUGGGGACGAUUAUGGUAACAUUUACCUAACGGAUAGCUAUUCCGUCUACAAAUGGGCACCCGAUGCACCAUAUCUCACCCGAAUUGCUGGAACCGGUACUAUUGGUUCGGAUGCUCAGCAUCUUUAUCUACCCUAUGGUUUGGCAUUUGAUCCAGAUGGUAAUCUCUUUGUUUCUGAUACGUAUAACUAUCGUGUACAAUUGUUUACAUUGGAUUCCGAAGAAACAAAAUUGUCUGCAGAAGCCUCGUCUUUGCGUUAUGAAUGGAAACUGACAGACGUGGCAAUGCUAGACAAUAACGAACUCUACGUUGACGUGCCAUGUAUUGAUAGUACUACGCGUAAAUUUUAUAGCGAUUAUGUUGGAUUGGCCCCUGGUGAAGUCGAGACACAUGUGAAAAGGGUGCGCGACAAGGCAUAUAAAAUAUAUCCAUACCCGUGUCUUGGGCAGUAUUCAUUCAAUGAGUUUAGCUUGGCAAUGCUUCCUGAUUAUCCGGAAGUUUUACAACGUGUCAAAGGUGGUGACAAGAUAUUAGACGUUGGUUGCUGUUUGGGCCAAAAUAUUCGUAAGCUUGUGGCAGACGGCGCUCCUCCAGAAAAUAUUGUAGGAACCGAUCUUCAACAAGAUUUUAUCAAUUUUGGUUACGAAAUGUAUGGAGAUCAAGAGAAGUUGAAAGUUUCGUUCACAGCAGGCGACAUAUUCAACGAAUCCUUCCAUCAAACUUUGGCAGGGCAUUUUGACAUUGUCUUUGCGGCAUAUUUCAUUCAUUUGUUCGACUAUAAUGAUCAAAAGCGUGUGAUGAGACAAAUUGCAAAGUUUAUACGCGGAAAAGGGGGCAUGAUUCUGGGUCAACAACUAGGUUCGACGAAACCGAAAGAAAUUAUUUGGUUAGGACGUGGUGUAUAUUUCCACAACCAAGAAUCUUUCAAACAGAUGUGGGACGAAGUCAACGGCAAAGAGUGGUCUUUAGAUGCAUCGUUAUAUCAAUCGGAGUGGGCGAAUCGACAAACAGAAUUCCUCAGAUUUAUCAUACGUAAGCUAUAA